CCAAAGGGGGAAACCGGUCACGUGGCGGGGGCUGGCUGGGUGAAUGUGCCGGGCGGGCUUGGGUGAAUCGCCUGGGCCUCGGGAAGGUGAAGGGAGGAGAGAGAGAUUGGAGCGCAAGGGGGGGGCGCAUUGUAGUUGGGAGGCAGCCGGCCAGAGGCAAAAGGGGCAGUCGGAUCUUGGGCAAAAGGUCGGGGGUUCCCCUAUUCAAGCCCUUCCUUGGGAGGUUUAAAAUAUAUAUUUAACGGGAGGUCUUGGCUGUGAUUUUGAGAGCGGAAGGCUGGGCCUAAAGAUAGCUGAGCUCUCACAAAAGAAGGGCCCAAAUUUACGGAACUGGGAAAGAAGGGCCUAAGGGGCUGAAAAAGACUGAAGAGGAAGUUUGCGACCCCAAAAAGGGGGGGCUAGAUCUAGGUUGGUUGGGUUUUUUUAAAAAAACACUCUAGAGGGCAGUAAAGCCGCUAACAAAGGGUGCGGGGUGUAAACAAGGAAGGUGUUCGUGGGAAGCAGCUUUCCGUUGGCGUUUCGUUGUGCGUAAAGAAGGAAAGCUAUUACAGUUUUGGAAAGGAACAGGCUACUAAUUUGUAGUGCAGAAAAACAGAGGAAGAGUAGCCGCUGGGAAGCCUGUGUUGCUGUGUUUUAAAAGGAGACUUGGAGCAGGACUGUACUCAGAACUGGUGUUUAAGAAUAUCUUCCACAUCCUUGGGGCUCUGUUGUUGUUGUGAUCCGAAUCCCAGACAUCCCAAAGGCCAUGCAGAAGGAGGAACUGGGCAUGGAUGAAAAUCGCAACCCAGAGGAGGAGCUGCGUCUCCUUGGGGGCAAGAAGGAAAAAUGUCACAAUCUCAGCAACCGCAUCCGGACAGGGGGUGGAGCAGAGCUGGGCUACAGGCCAAGCCAGGUCUCCAGAGAAGGUUCAUGGGAGUCCAAUGGGUAUACUGCUCCCUCUGAGAUAGCUGACGAGCCCAGUGUUCCCCUGAGCCCUUCCAACAGCCUUAACAUCCGCAAUCUCCAGUUGUCUGAGCCGGAUCCUCCAGUUACCCACCACCCCCACCGCUACCCUCAUCGCUUCUACCAUGCUCGGCCCUUCCAUGCAAAUGCAUAUCGCAAGACCUACCGAGGCAGCCCCUCAGACCGCAAGGAAUGGGGACCUAGCACAAACGGCCACCACUGUGCUCCAGAGAGCGUUUCCAACGGCCGAUGGCAGCACCGGCGCCGCGGAUAUUCUGACCCACCUUCCCCAUCAUCAUCUCCUGAAUCGGAACGAGACAGCACUGUCAAAGCCAGUGAGAAGCCUGCUGCUACAUCUAAUGCCACCAACUCAGCCACCGAGGAUUCCGGAAAGGAAACAUGGUCACUCUUCCGGCCUCUUCCUGCUUUCCCAGUCGAUAGCAGCAGUGCCCGGAUCAUCCCCAAGAUCUCUUAUGCCAGCAAGCUGAAAGAGAACUUGGAUCAACCAGGGAAAGCCUGCCAUGUUCCUGCCUCAGCCGUCCGCACCACCAAUAGCCUCCCCAAUUGUGUCUUGGCGCCACCCCCAAGCAGCCCCCCACCGUCUGACAGCAGUCGGCGACAGCACCUGGGAGCCAUCUUUCAGAAUGAGUGGGGCCUUUCCUUUAUCAACGAGCCAGGAGCAGGGCAUGGAGGGGGUGGUGGGAUAGCGCCAGACAAGGAUGUACAAGAUGCAGACGCUGGAGCAUCUUGGGAGGAAAUGGAAGCCAUUGACUGGCAGUCUGCAAGAAAUUACCACCUGGAAGAGUGGAGUCAUAUAUGGGAGCUACACAGUCAAGAUCCUAGCAGAGUGAUGGUCUACACAGACACCUUGGAUGGGAAGGGUUAACUUCAAGAAUUCCGAGGGGAAGCACCGCUAAGACAUGGGGGGUACAUGGGGACAGGCGAGGUGCCCACCCCCCCUUGAAGACUGGAGAAGCCCAAGCAUCUUGAAAGGGGAAGCAUUGCCACCUGCCUCCCUCCCUCCCUUUGCUGUUAUAAUAGCCCAAAUUGUCCAGAUGAGGCUAACACCUCACCUUUCUCUCUCUCUUUCUCUCUCUCUGAUUUAAUGCUCUGGUUUUUAAUUUCUUCAUAUGGUUUUUAAUUUCUCUGGAUUCCCCUGAAAAUAAAGUCAAAAAAAGAAUUUAUUUAAAUUCA